UCAGACAUGAGGACUGACGAUGGAGGACGAGCAGCUUCUUCUCUCCGAAUGUUUCCUCAACACACGAAGAUGGAAAGUGUCUGAAGUUGAUCUGAAGUGUGUCUCUGCUAUGAAUCAGUGUGAGGACAGAGAGGAGGGAGUUCCUCCCUCUGAAACCACUCUGUGUGGGGAACAUGAGAACCAGACCAAAGCUCAGAGACCAAAGCAGCAGAACAGACCAGAUUCUCCCGUUUCCAGCUGUGUGUCCAUGAAGAGUGACCAGUCUAUGGAGCCUCCACUCGCUUUUAAAAUACGACCUUCUGAAGCACAAUUUGAGCAGCAGAUACGAGACUGUCCUGCUUCCAGCUGUGUGUCCAUGAAGAGUGACCAGUCCAUGGAGCCUCCUCUUGCUUUUAAAGGACAGCCUUCUGAAAUACAGAUUCAGGAGCAGAAACCAGCCUCUUCUGUACCCAGCUGUGUGUCCAUGAAGAGUAACCAGUCUAUGCUUGAACCCGUUAAAUUUAAAGAUGGACACCAGACCACUGAUGAAGGCGUUAACCAGCAGAGUUCAGAGGAUCUCAGAGGUCAGUCUGUCCCUCAGCAUCAAACAGAUCUGGACUCCAUAUUAAUGCUGCUGGAGGAGAACAUCAUCAGUUUUGUGAAGAAUGAGAUGAAGAAGAUCCAGAAGGUUCUGGGUCCAGAUUACCCAGAAUGCUUAGAGAGUCAGAGGGAGGAGGAGGAGUUGGAGGAUGAGGAUGAAGAGCAGAGGAGGAGCAGCAGAGAGUCAUUUUUGAAGAUCACACUACAUUUCCUGAGGAGAAUGAAGCAGGACCAGCUGGCUGACUGUCUGCAGAGCAGAUCUCCUACUACAGAGGUUAGACAACAACACAAGUCUAAGCUGAAGAAGAAGUUCCAGUGUGUGUUUGAGGGGAUCGCUAAAGCAGGAAACCCAACUCUUCUGAAUCAGAUCUACACAGAGCUCUACAUCACAGAGGGAGGGACUGCAGAGGUCAAUGAUGAACAUGAGGUCAGACAGAUUGAAACAACAUCCAGGAAACCAGACAGAGCAGAAACAACCAUCAGACAAGAAGACAUCUUUAAAGGCUCACCUGGAAGAGAUGAACCAAUCAGAACAGUGAUGACAAAGGGAGUGGCUGGCAUUGGGAAAACUGUCUUAACACAGAAGUUCACUCUGGACUGGGCUGAAGACAAAACCAACCAGGACAUCCACUUCACAUUUCCAUUCACUUUCAGAGAGCUGAAUGUGCUGAAAGAGAAAAAAUACAGUUUGGUGGAACUUGUUCAUCACUUCUUUACUGAAACCAAAGAAGCAGGAAUCUGCAACUUUCAACACUUCCAGGUUGUGUUCAUCUUUGAUGGUCUGGAUGAGUGUCGACUUCCUCUGGACUUCCACAACAACGAGAUCCUGACUGAUGUUACAGAGUCCACCUCAGUGGAUGUGCUGCUGACAAACCUCAUCAGGGGGAAACUGCUUCCUUCUGCUCGCCUCUGGAUAACCACACGACCUGCAGCAGCCAAUCAGAUCCCUCCUGAGUGUGUUGACAUGGUGACAGAGAUCAGAGGGUUCACUGACCCACAGAAGGAAGAGUACUUCCGAAGGCGAUCGAGAGAUAAGAAGCAGGCCAUUGGUAUCAUCUCCCACAUCAAGACAUCACGAAGCCUCCACAUCAUGUGCCACAUCCCAGUCUUCUGCUGGAUCACUGCUACAGUUCUGGAGGAGCUGUUGAAAACCAGAGAGAGAGGAGAUCUGCCCAAGACCCUGACUGAGAUGUUCAUCCACUUCCUGGUCGUUCAGGCCAAGGUGAAGAAGGUCAAGUAUGAUGGAGGAUCUGAGACAGAGCCACCCUGGAGUCCAGAGAGCAGGAAGAUGAUUGAAUCUCUGGGAAAACUGGCUUUUGAACAGCUGCAGAAAGGAAACCUGAUCUUCUAUGAAUCAGACCUGGAAGAGUGUGGCAUCGAUAUCAGAGAGGCCUCAGUGUAUUCAGGAGUGUUCACACAGAUCUUCAAAGAGGAGAGAGGACUUUACCAGGACAAGGUGUUCUGCUUCGUCCAUCUGAGUGUUCAGGAGUUUCUGGCUGCUCUUCAUGUCCAUCAGACUUUCAUCAACUCUGGUGUCAACCUGCUAGAAGUACAAAAUACAGCAUUCCCUCUGAUGAAAGUGUUUCAAGACAAACCUACUCCCGAACAUCUACACCAGACAGCAGUGGACCAGGCCUUACAGAGUCCCAGUGGACACCUGGACUUGUUCCUGCGUUUCCUCCUGGGUCUUUCACUGCAGACCAAUCAGAAUCUCCUACGAGGCCUGCUGACACAGACAGGAAGUAGCUCACAGACCAAUCAGGAAACAGUCGAGUACAUCAAGAAGAAGCUUAAUGAGAAUCUGUCUGCAGAGAGAAGCAUCAAUCUGUUCCACUGUCUGAAUGAACUGAAUGAUCGUUCUCUAGUGGAGGAGAUCCAACAGUCUCUGAGAUCAGGACGUCUGUCCACAGAUAAACUGUCUCCUGCUCAGUGGUCAGCUCUGGUCUUCAUCUUACUGUCAUCAGAAGAACAUCUGGAUGUGUUUGACCUGAAGAAAUAUUCUGCUUCAGAGGAGGCUCUUCUGAGGCUGCUGCCAGUGAUCAAAGCCUCCAACAAAGCUCUACUGAGCAGCUGUAACCUCUCAGAGAGAAGCUGUGAAGCUCUGUCCUCAGUUCUCAGCUCUCAGUCCUCUAGUCUGAGAGAUCUGGACCUGAGUAACAACGACCUGCAGGAUUCAGGAGUGAAGCUGCUUUCUGCUGGACUGAAGAGUCCACACUGUGAACUGGAAACUCUCAGUCUGUCAGGUUGUCUGGUCACAGAAGAAGGUUGUUCUUCUCUGGUCUCAGCUCUGAGCUUCAAUUCCUCCCAUCUGAGAGAGUUGGAUCUGAGCUACAAUCAUGCCGGAGACUCGGGAGUGAAGCUGCUUUCUGCUGCAGUGGAUGAUCUAAACUGGAGACGGGACAGUCUCAGGAUGGAUCAUUGUGGAGAGCAAUGGUUAAAACCUGGUCUGAAGAAGUAUUUCUGUGAACUUGAACUGGACACAAACACAGUGAACAGAAACCUCAGACUAUCUGACAACAACAGGAGGGUGACAUAUGUGAAGGAGGAGCAGCCAUAUCCUGAUCAUCCAGACAGAUUUGACUGUAGGGUUCAGCUGCUGUGUAGAAGUGGUCUGACCGGUCGCUGUUACUGGGAGGUCGAGUGGAGAGGAGGAGUCUACAUAUCGGUGACAUACAGAGGAAUCAGAAGGAAAGGAAACAACGAUAACUGCAUGUUUGGAUGGAAUGAUCAGUCCUGGAGUCUGAACUGCUCUGAUGAUGAUGGUUUCUCUCUCUGGCACAAUAACAUAAGAACAUCCAUCUCCUCCUCCUUUUCCCCCUCCUCUGUCUCAAAGAAAGUAGCAGUGUAUGUUGACUGUCCUGCUGGCAUUCUGUCCUUCUACAAACUGUCCUCUGACUCUCUGAUCCACCUCCACACCUUCAACACCACAUUCACUGAACCUCUGUAUCCUGGGUUUGGGUUUAGAUCUGGGUUUUCAGGCUGGUCGGGUUCCUCAGUGUCUCUGUGUUCUCUGUAGGAGGGAGAGUGUUUAGAAGUGACAGCAGCUUAAACUCUGUUGUUUUAGCCAGAUAGUGGAUGAUGUUUCCUUUUAGUUUACCUUUGAAUCACUGAUUGUGAUCCAAUAAUAUUGUCACAUCUAUUUGGUGUGGUAAUUUGGCAGGGAACGAUUCUGGACCGCUUGGUGCAGACAACGAACAAAAAUUUUAAUUCAAACAAAACAUUCCUUUCUUGCAUUUGAUAACUAACUAGACAAAUGUUUACAGCCAAAAGACAAUUCAGUGCAAUGUUUGAGACAACAGGAGAUGUGUUGUACCUCCUAAAAGAACCACAAGAGCUCCGAGUGUCACUCCUGAGCGUCCAUCGAACUCAGAACUCACUGUGACCUGCAUCUCCUCUGCUCCGAACACAGAAAUGUGUACAUUGGAAUGAACUGCACAGUUUAAAUAUGUUUAACUAAGGAGAUCUAACAUCAGCAGAGUGAGGUCCCAAAAUAUGGAGUAUUAAAUGUUGAACAUCUGAAUGUAUGAAGGAUUGCACACAGAGCCACUGACCAGAGACAAAUAAUCCUUCACUCUGCUCUUUGUUUGUUCUCAGACACAGACUUUUUCUCUCAAUCAGACAUACUCCAGAAAUCUUAUUUUUUAUUUUUAUUUGAAUGUUUACAUUUAUAUUCUUAAUAUGUUAAUAGCUAAUAGCAUUUUAAACUAAAUCACACAAUUUAAAUGCAUGCUAGAAUCACUAAUCAUUGUUUUGCUAAUGUUGCUGGAACAUUAUAUCAGAGUGAACACAUCAGGAUAUGAAUGGAACACAGUAGAGUGUGAUGUUUUUUGUCCUAUUUUUUAAUCUUAUGGAAAUGUUUGUUUUCCUGGUUGAGGCCAAAGAAAAUUUUACUGCCUCAGAUGGACAAUAAAGUUUAUUCUUUUUUUAUUCAAAUGCAUUAUUAGCAUUCUGAUUAAAUGAGUUUUACACAGUUACCUGACCAUACACUGUUGUAGAGAAAAAAAAACUGCGGUUCUGUUUUAAAAUAAAUAGCAGCAGAAAGUAACACUGUGGUCCAGUGAUGGUGGGUAGACCUUGUUGGGAUUUUUUUUUAAGGCACUACUAACUGAACACUGAAAUUGAUAUUACAUAUGAGUAUUACAAUAUUGAUUAUAAUAACCAUUUAAUGUGCAAUGAAUGCAUGAGUUGUGCUUGACCUUUAAAAUGGAAGAGAUGGAGCUAAGCACUAACUCCAAGCUCUGAUGGACACAGACAGGUUAGGCUGGUUAUAGCUGCUAAGUUAUAGCUGCUUAUAAAAAACAUUUCUUCUUCUACACAUGCACACACACUAACAAAGAUAGAGCUUUGGUCUUGAUACACAGCACAUUCCUAUUUCCUUACAAGGUAAUGUCGUUGUUUCUCUGAUGUCCGUGAUGUUCAGGUGGAGAAGAAACGCCCGUUGACACUGACUUUCUUAAUAAGAACUUUAUUAAAAGAAAGAACAGUAUCGUACAGACAGGAGCUGUCUGGAAGGAUGUCACCCAAUGAUCCUCCUCGAACAAAGACCAACGGUCAGUUUUUAUACCUUCUAGCAACGUAUAGAAUUACAGCAUCUGGUUUACAACCCCACUAAAGAGUGACAACUCCUCAGACAAGAGUCCCCUUCUGUGCAUUCCUAAGGGUCACAAAUCAGCUAUAGGUUAACAGUGGACCCCAAAGUCAACACAGCAUAGGAUUUCUGGAGCCUGAAAACACAUUCUCAGUACUUACUACCAUCUGUUAGUUAAAAGUUCACUCUAUGGUCAAUAACCACCAGAACCCACACCAGACCAGAUACUUCAGUAACAACUAAUUGUACUGAAAUUGCUAAACUCAAGGUUGUUUAAGGGUGGAAACCAUAAUAAUCCUCCCUAAGGGACACCUGCAUCCUUCCUAUGAGAUAUCACCAGUAGUUGCAUCACAUAACAGCUAACAAAGGAAUAAUACUAACAGGUAGAGAGUGGGAAGAAGCUUGCAGGAGGGUUCUUUUAACAGUGUGCGGCUCCUGGGGAUUGGAUGAAUCGUGUGCGAAGAGAGAUGGGCAUACACUAUAUUGCCAAAAGUAUUCGCUCACCCAUCCAAAUAAUCAGGUGUUCCAAUCACGUCCAUGGCCACAGGUGUAUAAAAUCCAGCACCUAGGCUGCAGACUGCUUUUAUAAACAUUUGUGAAAGAAUGGGUCGCUCUCAGGAGCUCAGUGAAUUCCAGCGUGGAACUGUGAUAGGAUGCCACCUGUGCAACAAAUCCAGUCGUGACGUUUCCUCGCUCCUAAAUAUUCCACAGUCAACUGUCAGCUGUAUUAUAAGAAAGUGGAAGUGUGUGGGAACGACAGCAACUCAGCCACCAAGUGGUAGGCCACGUAAACUGAUGGAGUGGGGUCAGUGGAUGCUGAGGAGCAUAGUGCCAAGAGGUGGCCAACUUUCUGCAGAGUCAGUCACUACAGACCUUCAAACUUCAUGUGGCCUUCAGAUUAGCUCAAGAACAGUGCUUCAGCAGAGAGCUUCAUGGAAUGGGUUUCCAUGGCCGAGCAGCUGCAUCCAAGCCAUACAUCACCAAGUGCAAUGCAAAGCGUGGGAUGCAGUGGUGUGAAGCAGGCCACCACUGGACUCUAGAGCAGUGGAGACCUUCUCUGGAGUGACCAAUCGCGCUUCUCCAUCUGGCAAUCUGAUGGACCAGUCUGGAUUUGGCGGUUGCCAGGAGAACCAUACUUGUCGGACUGCAUUGUGCCAAGUGUAAAGUUUGGUGGAGGGGGAAUUAUGGUGUGGGCUUGUUUUUCAGGAGCUGGGCUUGGCCCCUUAGUUCCAGUGAAAGGAACUCUGAAUGCUUCAGCAUACCAAGACAUUUUGGACAAUUCCAUGCUCCCAACUUUGUGGGAACAGUUUGGAACUGGUCCCUUCCUCUUCCAACAUGACUGUGCACCAGUGCACAAAGCAAGGUCCAUAAAGACAUGGAUGACAGAGUCUGGUGUGGAUGAACUUGACUGGCCUGCACAGAGUCCUGACCUCAACCCGAUAGAACACCUUUGGGAUGAAUUAGAGUGUAGACUGAGAGCCAGGCCUUCUGGUCCAACAUCAGUGUGUGACCUCACAAAUGUGCUUCUGGAAGAAUGGUCAAAAAUUCCCAUAAACACACUCCUAAACCUUGUGGACAGCCUUCCCAGAAGAGUUGAAGCUGUUAUAGCUGCAAAGGGUGGACAGACGUCAUAUUGAACCCUAUGGAUUAGGAAUGGGAUGUCACUUAUGUUCAUAUGUGAGCCAAGGCAGGUGAGCGAAUGCUUUUGGCAAUAUAGUGUUGUUGUGCUGUCCUCAUCUUCUUCUCAGUUAUGAUGCUUAUUUUAUCAAUAACUUUCACGACUAAUAAUACUGCCACCAGUACUAUUAAUCACUACAACUAAUACUACUACGUUCUAUUAAUAUUUCUUUAAAUGUACCACUCCUCCCUCAGUAACCCACUUUACACACACACUGUAAAUGCUGCUGUUUGUGUGUUUAUAUUGUUCCACUUUAUUUCUUUACUUUUAGUUCUUAGUUUAUUUCCUUGAUUACUGCACUCAGAGCUGAGACUCACAGCUCAGGAGUCACAUUUCUCAUUUAUGUGUAAAAACUGGGCCAAUAAAGUUGAUUCUGAUUCUG